CUUUCGUCUUUCCGACAACCUUCGGCGCCAACCAUCACAGCAUUCGGCCUACGAAUUGGCCAUAUGGUUGGUUGAAUUACUUCUUUUUUCUUUGUUUCUUUCUCACACACCAAUUUCUUCUGAACUGCGCUCCUUUACACUAUGUCGACUACUCCGCAGGGUAGUCUGCGCCAGCGGAAUGUGCCCGGUUCUUCCAAAAAGAAGAACGGAAGCCCUGCUGGUACGGACUCGGAGGUCGAUAGCCUCGACAAACUCGUCAAGAAGCAGAUCGCUAGCACAUCCUCAGAACUAGACUAUAAGAUUGCUUUCGUCGUCAUCACUGUCCUGGCUUUCAUUUCGAGAUUUUGGGGUAUUAGCCAUCCGAACGAGGUCGUUUUCGACGAGGUCCACUUCGGUAAAUUCGCAUCCUAUUACCUCGAAAGAACCUAUUUCUUCGAUGUCCACCCUCCGUUCGGAAAAUUACUAUUCGCCCUUAUGGGAUGGCUUGUAGGAUAUGACGGACACUUCCACUUCGAGAAUAUCGGCGAUUCGUACAUAGCGAAUAAGGUUCCCUAUGUAGCCUUUCGCGCUAUGCCAGCACUACUCGGCUCGUUGACCGUCUCCGUCACUUAUCUCAUCAUGUGGGAGUCUGGGUAUAGUUUGCCCGCUUGUAUUGUUGCCGCUGGCCUCGUCUUGUUGGACAAUGCCCACAUUGGCCAGACCCGUCUGAUCCUGCUGGAUGCCACGCUUGUGCUCGCUAUGGCAUGCUCUCUGCUAUGCUAUAUCAAGUUCUACAAGCUAAGACACGAUCCUUUCAGCCGCAAAUGGUGGAAAUGGCUUAUCUUGACCGGUUUUGCUCUUUCGUGCGACAUUUCUACAAAGUACGUCGGCCUCUUCGCCUUCGUCACGAUCGGAUCUGCGGUUGUUAUUGACUUGUGGGAUCUGCUCGAUGUUAAACGACCUGGCGGUGCAUUGAGCUUACGAGAAUUUGGACAUCACUUUGGCGCUCGUGCUCUAGGGCUGAUUGUCUUGCCUUUCCUAUUCUACUUGUUCUGGUUCCAGGUCCACUUUGCCAUUUUAACGCGAUCCGGCCCCGGCGACGAUUUUAUGACUCCCGAGUUCCAAGAGACAUUGUCUGACAACGUCAUGCUUGCGAAUUCUCUUAACAUUGAGUACUACGACACCAUCACUAUUCGACAUAAAGAGACCAAGGCAUAUUUACACAGUCACGACGCCAAGUACCCUCUCCGUUAUGAUGAUGGCCGAGUCUCUAGUCAGGGUCAACAGGUCACGGGCUACCCAUACAAUGAUACCAACAACUACUGGCAGGUUCUUCCCGUUACUAACGACAACCAGUUGGGCCGUCACGUCAAGAAUCACGAACUCGUAAGACUGCGACACUUGGUGACUGAUACAGUUUUGCUAUCUCAUGAUGUCGCGUCUCCUUACUACCCCACGAACCAGGAAUUUACUACUGUUUCUAUGGAAGACGCAUACGGAGGUCGCGCGGCGGACACUCUUUUCGAGAUUAGGAUCGAGCAUGGCAAACCAAACCAAGACUUCAAGAGUGUUUCUAGCCACUUCAAGCUUAUUCACAACCCUAGCAAGGUUGCGAUGUGGACCCAUACGAAGCCCCUUCCGGAAUGGGGUCACAAGCAGCAAGAAAUCAACGGAAACAAGCAGAUUGCUCCUAGCUCCAAUGUCUGGAUUGCGGAGGAUGUUCCAUCUGUCCCAGCAGAUUCCCCCCGCCGCCAGAAAGAAGAACGCCAGGUUAAGAGCCUACCUUUCCUCAGGAAAUGGUUUGAGUUGCAACGUUCUAUGUUCUGGCACAAUAACCAGUUGACUAGUAGCCACCCGUACGCUAGCCAGCCCUACCAAUGGCCGUUCCUACUGCGGGGUGUCAGUUUCUGGACUCAGAACGAGACUCGCCAACAGAUUUACUUCUUGGGUAACCCUAUUGGCUGGUGGAUCGCUAGCAGUCUGAUCGCAGUUUACGCUGGAAUCAUCGGCGCCGAUCAAGUGUCCUUACGCCGCGGUGUUGAUGCUUUGGAUCAUCGCACUCGUUCCCGCCUCUACAACUCUACCGGGUUCUUUUUCCUGGCGUGGGCUACGCAUUACUUCCCGUUCUACCUCAUGGGACGCCAGCUUUUCCUACACCACUACCUCCCCGCUCAUCUUACCUCGUGUCUCAUCGUUGGCGCCCUGCUGGAGUUCGUCUUUAACGCAGAGCCCUCCGCUGAGGAGCCGACGUAUCACGAGAUCAAGUCAGGCAAGAGACGCGCGCCCGGUCCUCGGCGACACAUCACCGCCCGAGAGCGGUUCGCCGGUCAGAGCAUGGUCCCAGCAUGGAUUGCAUGCGGUGUCAUUCUGACGCUCGCCUUCGCCGGCUGGUACUAUUUCCUACCGCUGACUUACGGCUACCCCGGCCUCAGCGUCGAACAAGUCCUCCGACGCAAGUGGCUCGGAUACGACCUCCACUUUGCUAAAUGAAAGGUGGAGAAAGAUAUUAAAACACCCAGAUUUGGGCAAGGUGAUGGGACGGCUAGUUGAGGUUAUAAUCUUGGUAUGUAAAACCAUAAUCACGUGUGGAGAGGACGAAGAUAGACAAACAAGGUGUACGAUUGAGCGGCAUCUACGGGGCGAACAAUGGAUAGGUUGGGCAGGCUUUGCGCGAAAACCCGGGGUGAUGGAGAUAUAAAAAGUCGGUUUUUGUGAUAAUGAUGAGAGGAAAAGGCCAAGGUGCACACCAGACACGCUUGGCCCAGAUACCUACUCAGGACUCGUUCUGUAAACCCCAUUUAAAGACGCAAGACCACGCAUGAAUCAAAU